AACACUGUUUCUUCCACUUUUGACGAGGCAAGUAGGCAAGCAAGGCGAACGAACAACUGUCGUUGAAAAAGUCAGCAAAAAAGUGGAAAGUUAAAUUUUUCCUUUAGGAAAAUUAACGCAAUUGCGGCCUAUAAAAAAAAGACUAUUUAAAAAAUUGUGUUAUUAAAAAGUUAUAAACUUUUGUUUAAAGAAUUCUGUUGGAUUUAGCCGCUGAAAAAAGCAAUAGAAAGUGUGAGAAGUGAUUUUAGCAUAAAUAAAAGCCAUCUUGCGGCCGAGUCGUUUUUUUUGCGAAAGCCAGUGAAAGAUAGUAGUGACUGAGCAAAUAUAUAGACAAAUAUAAAGGCCAACUUUAUUUUUCGGUUGCUGGUUUUAUUUAAUUUAAAUUGAGAACAAUUCUAAAAAGAAAUAUUGCAAGUGUUGAAAUUUGUAAAGUUAGACGGGAAAAACUUUGAAAAAAAAAAACUGUAAACGUGUAUCUGAAGUAAAAAACACACCGCAAAAAAAGACUGCUUUGUUGUUGUACACACAAAUUUUUCUUAUUUUUUUCUUAAUUUUCGUUAGUUUCCAUUGUUGAAAUUUUUUAUUGCGCAAAUUGAAAAUAGCCACAGAAAAACAAAAUGAGUGGCGGUAUGCCGGAGCUGGGUUCGAAAAUCAGCCUUAUAUCUAAGGCUGAUAUUCGUUAUGAGGGACGUCUUUAUACAGUGGAUCCCCAAGAAUGUACAAUUGCUUUAUCUAGUGUACGUUCCUUUGGUACCGAAGAUCGUGAAACACAAUUUCAAAUAGCACCUCAAAGCCAAAUCUAUGAUUAUAUUCUAUUCCGUGGUUCCGAUAUUAAGGAUAUACGCGUCAUCAACAACAGUCUGCCACAUCCCAAUGAUCCGGCUAUUAUGCAAGUACAAUUACCCAAUGGACAACACGUGAUGCCACAUUUUUCAAUGCCAAGCAUGAAUCCUCAACAAGUACCGCCAAUGGGAACAACCGGAACAUAUGGUAAUCCCUUUGGUACUAUGAGUGGUUUAGGAGCUAUCGGAGGUACCGGUGGAACUGGUGCUGUACCAUCUUUAGCACCUGGAGCUGGUGCUCCAGGACCAUUUAUGAUGGGUGGUAAUCAACAACCUGUGCCACCACAACAAAAACCACCACAGGGACAACAGCCACAAACACAACAAAAACAACCAAGCUGUAAUACUACGGAUACUAAUAAUUUGGGUACAUCCUCCUUACUAACCACCGUCGAUAGUAUUGGCUCUAAUCUUAACAACAGUAGUAGUGCUCCUCAUAAUAGUAAUAAUAAUAAUACAAACUCCAAUACUAAUACUAAUAACAGUAGCAACAACAGCAACAAUCAUAAUAACAAUAAUGCCAUUAACAAUGUUGGUCUCUUGGGCAUUGGCCUUGGUAUUGGAGGUUCAGGUGGUCUUCUUAGUAACAUAGGUUUAGGUAUUGGUGGAGUUGGUGGUGUUGUUGGUAAUAAUACAUCGACAGCAGUUUCUUCUGCUGCUACAACAUCCACAAAUAAAAAAUUAUCCCUUACAAAUGCAACGGCACUAAAUGAUCACAAAGACCAAGUUUCCGUCAUAGACAUGCUAGCUGGUGCUUCACGCUCAACGACGCCCAUAAGUCUUAUUUCACGAAAAAGUCCUUCUGCGGAUAUUGGUGUACAAGUGAAUCAGAAUCAACAGCAGCAAACACAUCAACAACAGCAACAGCUUCAACAGCAACAUCAUCACAAUAAUCAAAAUCAACACCAACAACAGCAUCAACAUCCGAAUCAUCAGAAUAAUGCUGGCCAUGGCGGUGGUGGACAAUCGCGUGAUGCUGGUCAUAAGCGACAAAAUCAUCAAAAUCAACGUGGCGGCAAUCAACAGCGUAACAAUGAUAACUAUCGUUCGGGUGGUCGUAUGAUGGAGAACAACUAUAAUAAUAUGAAUCAUUACAAUCGCAAUAACCAGGGAGGCAAUCAAAAUCGCAACAAUUGGAAUACACACCGUGGUAAUAUGCCCAACAACAAUAAUAACAUGCGCAGCCGCGGCGGUGGACGUAUCAACGUGCGUAACUUAAUGCAGGGCUUUAGAUCGGCAAAUGGUCCCGGUGGCAUGCAGAAGCCUUCACGUAAUCCCAUCAAAUUUGAACAAGAUUUUGAUUUCGAACAAGCUAAUACUAAAUUCGAAGAACUGCGCUCUCAAUUAUCAAAACUUAAGGUGGGCGAUGAACCCAAAUCUGAACAGUGUUCUUCGCCUACUCCCACUACUUCACAGAUGAAUGGUGAAACUGAUAAGAAAGAUGAUUCGGGUAAUGAGACUGGAGCUGGUGAGCAUGAACCUGAAGAAGAAGAGAUUACUGUAGGCUAUGAUAAAACCAAAUCAUUCUUUGAUAAUAUCUCCUGUGAAACUGCACAAGAUCGUGCAAAGAACAAGAAUUAUGAUUGGCGUCAGGAACGCAAAUUGAAUAGUGAAACAUUUGGUGUUUCAUCUACAAGGCGUGGAGGUUACCGUGGUCGUGGCAACUAUUAUAACAAUCGUAAUAUGGGCAAUUAUAAUAACGGCGGUGGUUAUAAUAAUCGUGGCUAUCGCGGCAAUAACUAUCGUAAUCGCAGCAACAAUCGCAGUAAAAUGCAAAAUAAUCGUGAUGGCAGCACUUCAAAUGGUGGCGGUGUUGGCAAUACCAACAAUAUUACAAACAAUCCUACAGCCAAUAAUAAUGCUGCUACAAAUUUGAAAAAUCAAACGCAACAACCUUUAACUCCAGGUUCAGCUACAAAUCAUACUGCUAAUAAUACAACACCAGCGACCACAUCAAAAACGGUGUCAUCAGGUUUACAAGAGACUAACAAUCAACCACAAAUGGCGGCAGUUGGUGCAGGUCAAUAAUCUUUUGUGCUGGUAACUACUACAUGAGAUAAGUUCAAAAAAAUUCAUUAAACAAAAAGAAAAAAAAAACAUCAAAAGGAAUUUUUAUAACAAACCAUAAAAAAAGUACAUUUUGUGCAUCAAAAGUAUUUUUUUUUUUUUAAACUGCUGACGUCCUUCGCUCCCAUCUACGAAAAAUUUAAAAUUAAACAAAAAUGCAAAUUAUAAAUAUAUAUAGAAGAAAUCACCAACAAGCUCUACAAUAAGAAGAGAACAAACAUAAUCUAAAAAAAGGAUAUAAAUAAUAAAAUUUUAGCAAAAAUAUAUUACUAAAAAGAAAGAAAAAAAAAAAGAACUGUUCAAUUGAACUGAAAGAAAAUAAUUCAAAAUAUAAAAUUAUGGGUUAAAUAAGGCGGCACAUGAAGAAACAUUUAUAUAUUAAAAAGAAAAACAAAAACACAAACAAACAAAUCAUGAAAGAAGAUAAAUUAUAAAAUUAAAAGAAAAAAUAUAAACAUUUUAAAGAUGUUAGCAUAAAAUAGUUAUAGAAAGAAAACAAAAAAAAAACAAAAUGAAAAGAUAAUAAGUAAUAAUUUAUAUUUGGAAAAAAAAAGAAAUGAAAUGAAAAUUAAAAAAAAUAAGAAAGAAAUAUAUCCCCCCAUUACACACAAUACUGAAGAAACUAAUUUAGAAAAGAAAAAGAUUGUUUGAAAAAGAACUAUUAAACAAAAGAGAAAUGUAAUAAAAAAAGGCGCUUUAAAAAAUUAAAAAAAAGAAGUAUACAAUUUUUUUUAAGGAAUAACGAAGAAAGCUAGAGAAACAUAAACUAAGGAAUGAAAAAGAAAAAGAGAGAGAGAGAGGGAAGUAGAAAAGAAAAGUUUUGUUUUUAACAAAACUAUAAGUUUUUUUUUUGUUGUGUGGAAGUGGUCGAGUUGCAUUUAUUGGAAUAAACUUUAAUGCUGAUAUAUGAUGGUAUGAAUAUUUAUAAAAUUUAAAUUAAUUUGAACAAAACAAAUUGUAAAAUUUAAACAAGAUUUUUUUUUUAUAAAUAUAAAUACAACACAAAACACAAUAUAUUAAUUUAUAAAUAAAGAAACAACUAACAUUUGAAAACAGCAGCAUGUUUAAUUGGAGAACAAA